AUGCCUGCCUAUGCAAAAUUUUUGAAGGAAAUCCUUUCAAGCAAAAAGAAGCUCAAGGAAAUAAAAGUGGUCAAACUCAAUGCCCACUGUAAUGCUAUUCUACAGAACAAAAUUCCUAAGAAGUGUGGGGAUCCUGGCAGUUUCACUAUACCUUACUCGUUGGGUAGCAAAAAUUUUGACAAAGCCUUGUGCGAUUCAGGUGCACCCAUUAACUUGAUACCGUUAUCAAUGUUCAAGAAAUUAGAAGGAGAGAUAGGAGUGAUCAAAUCUAUGCCAAUAUCCUUGCAACUGGCUGAGCAGACCACAAUCAUACCAGAGGGCAUAAUUGAGGACAUUCUAGUAAGGGUAGACAAAUUUAUUUUCCCAAUACACUUCAUUAUGGUAGAUAUGGAAGUGAAUAAAGAGGUACCUAUAAUCUUGGGAAGACCAUUCCUUUACACUGGCGGGUCUAUUCUUGAUAUAUAUGAGGGAAAACUUAUGCUACAAGUGGGAAAUGAGAAAGUGGUAUUUCAAAUGAAGAGAAUAAUGAAAUACCCAUGUGAUGAGGCAUAUAGCUAUGCUUGUCUCAAACUAGAUGUGGUGGGAGUGUUAGCUGAACAACACAAGCUGGAUAAACUGGUAGGUGAUUCACUAGAAAGAUGCAUUAGUCACUUAAGCAAAAUAGAGGAUGAAGAUCCAGAGAUCAAAAAGGAAGUUGAGGCACUAAAAGAUGAGAACCGGGUGGUAGACGAAGAAUAA